AUGCAAACUCCAUUUCUAAAACCUACAGAGCGCGGAAAGCGGCCUGUGGGCCCCUCAGUCACUAAAAUCCAGCUGGAGAGGGAGACAUCCUCUCCAUCAACUCAACAGUUCAACAACACUUCUGGCUCUCAACUUGAAAUGAACAAUGGUUCGACUAGCUCAGCCGAGGAAUAUACGAAUGCGCAAGAUGAGCAAGAAUUUAACUGGCAGGCCGCAGCUGCUCAGAGUUUACCGUCACCACAACCUCUGGACGUUUCGAUCGGGCUGUAUAAUAACGGCUUAAGCUGGGCCGAGGCCGACCGAUCUGCCCACGGUCAGAACCUCCCGCCGUUCGUCAGACCAAUGCCUUCAUGGCUUACGACUGAGGACAUAGAAUACCUAUGGUGCAAAGGUGCUUUACAAGUUCCAGAACCCGAACUUCGGGAUAAUCUCGUGCAGUGCUAUAUUCUCUACAUUCAUCCAUGCUUUCCACUAAUUGACUUGGAAGCCUUUCAGGCUAGCCUCCAAGACCCUUCACGACAUGAAUCAAUAAGCCUUCUUCUUUUUCAAGCCAUCAUGUUCGCGAGCUCCCCCUGGGCAGAUAUCAAAUUGGUUCGAAAGUUGGGAUUUUGGACCAGGAAGGCUAUGCGAAGCGCCUUUUAUUUAAAGACCAUUUUGCUCUACAAUUUGAACUACGAAAGAGAUAAUUUCGUGAAUGUACAAGCACUUCUCCUGUUAUCGAGCUGGUGGGAUGGCCCAAAUGGAUAUAAGGACGGCUACUACUGGUGCGGUCUGGCUAUCUCGACAGCUAGGUCUAUUGGCCUCAAUCGUGACGUUCACCGCCAAAAUGUCCCGCCUUCUGUUCGAAAACUGCGGAGGAAAGUGUGGUGGACCUGCUUGACUAGGGAUACCCUUACGACGCUCGCAGGUAAUCGCGCACCGAGAGUCAAAGAUUCUGAUUUCAAUGUUCCUGAGUUGACGCUCGGAGACUUCCACAUCCAUGAACCUAACUCCGUUACCACACCUUGGGACGUCUCCCGAGAUGCCAACUCACAAACACAGCUUGCAAUCAUCUGUAUUGCAAUGUCAAAGAUCUGCCGAAUUAUAAGUCACAUCCUCGAAUUAGCUUUUCGCGAGAACUCACUCGGUCAAACUGGCAUUUUGUACCCGAAAGAGGAAUUCGAUACUUCUGCGAACGAUCUAGAUCCUCAGGCGCCAAGAAAAGAUUUCAAACUCCACGCUUGCGAGGAAGAGCUUCGUUGUUGGCGUGACGAAGUACCAGAAGAGGCAUUACACUGCAGUCCGUCUCCCAUCGUCGCAUUGCCUCAUGAACAGGCGCCGUUCCUGCAUAGAGCAAUAGUAUCGUGCCUCUAUUUCAUGGCGAAGUUUAGUUUAAAUCGUCCCUCUGUGUUCUUCGACAAAACAGCGCUGACACCAAAAUCAGGUCAGCCACAGCCAUCGCAAAGACGGAUGCGAUCUGCGGCAGGAAGUAUCAAUAAAAUCAUGAUUGACCUUUGCAAAGUCGACCUCAUGCGGUCUUUGCCUUCCACUGCAAUUUGUUGCAUAGUUGCAAGCAGCAUGUGCCAUAUCGCUGAUAUAAAGUCUGUUGAAGAAGAUAUUCGCCAAUAUGGAGUUCGGAGGAUCGAGGAAUGUAAACAGGCGCUUUUAGAGCUUGCAGACUCUCAUUUGUCUGCCAAAUGGGCCGCCAAUUUCUUGACCUUUGCAGCAUCUCACUUCACCAGAACAUCCCAUCGAACAAUGAUCGGUUUGGAAGCGCAGGGGGGUCCCUUGAAGCAGAUCCAGCCACUUUUAGGGAACUCUUUUCCACCCGAUCCGAGUUUCGGUGUCGAUAGUGUGGCGCCCAAUGCCGAAAUGACAACAAUCAGCAUGACGGAGCUGGAGCCUUGGCAACCCACCGACAUUAAUGCCUUGGAAACCGACAGCUCUGCCGAUAACACUCUUAUGCUCCUGCAAGACGGGGAUCCAAGUUUCCCUAGUUUUCCAAACAUGCAAUUGGGCCUCGAGAGGUAUUUCGAGUCAUUCAACGAGAUGAGCUAUGGUAGGGAUUUUGGCAGUCUUUUAUAG